UACACUUCAGUAUUUUCUUCCGCCACGAACUAUUAUAAAAAAGAAAAGAAUAGUGCACAUGAUGCCGCUUUUACCUCAACUAACUCAUCUAACGUCGACAAAGUCUGUCAAUUGUUGCAGCGACAGGCUAGCAUUUCGGAACAACCACAAGUGCAUGAGGAGAAAAUUUCCCUCGAAAAGGCGAGCAGCAUUAAGCCAUCUCCGACAUACAAGAUCCAUGAACAGAGACUGGAUCAGCAAAAACCUCUUGGUAUCGUCAUUCCCGAGACAACAAUUCAGGCUUUCCAAGAUUUUCAUUCAUCACGGUUUCUGAGUGGUAGCACUACAACGAUGUCUAGUGAGGAAGACACCUACUGGGCAAACGUGUUGUCAUGUGCGCGACCGAGUGAUCAGAGAUCUUCUUUCGAAGAGGUCCCUUUUGCAGACGCGAUGGAGCCAAAUAUUGAGGAGAAGCUUCAAGAUGACAAGACUCCUGAUCAGGACGAAGCAAACUCUGGUCACUUGGAAUAUGCAAAGAGACUCUCCGUUUUUGAGACUCCAAUGCUUUCGAAUCCAGGAAAUCGCCUCGAGCUGGCGACAAUCAUAGGAAUCCGAUAUUCAUUCGUGGAUGACCAGGAUUUUGAUGAGUUUCAUCGUUUCCACACAAUGCUUCCCAUUUUACUCUUUUCUCUCAAAUAUCGGUAUUCAUCAAUGAUGAAAUAUGCCCCUGAAAUUGACCAAUCUCUUUUCAACUGGAAGACUUCGCGCUACCUCUUUCGUCGAGAUAUAACCGCCAUCAGUCUUUACCAAUCUGAUUGCCUCCGGAGAAGCGGCAUCAGCACCGAUACAAGAGCAACUAUGUGUGAUUGGCUAAUUAAGUGUAUUCGCGAGUUUUAA